UAGGGGAUCAUAUCUCUGGGUUAGGCACGCUGCAGUGCAGGAAGGGUCCUAAAGCAUAACCCAGUUAAAGGUUCGGUUUUGGAAUGAAGCCUUUUUAAGGGAGCCUUGGGUGCCCUGAAUCCACACCGGACUCAUUUCCACCGUUACUUUGUUCUAUGUAUUCAUACCUGCUUCUUAACUCUUGGAUUUGGAUCUCGAAGCAUUCAUUGCCAUAAAAUUCGUUUUCUCUCCAGCUGGCCUUUCUUCUCCAUCAGAUCCUCAUCUGAUCUGGGUUUACCGUUAAAAAAAUAUUUGUAGGCAAAGAAAAUAUGGAGAACAAGGGAACGGAAAACGGAGCGUUCAGCUUCGCUAGAAGCGAAAGCAUCGGCGGACGUAAGUACGGGCUGGCUAAGAUCCAGACGCAGCAGGAGAAGCCCAACGAGGUGUGCCACGACGACAGUGUACCUCCGGUGAGAGCUCAGACGAUCGACGAGCUUCAUUCUCUACAGAAGAAGAAGUCAGCGCCGACGACUCCGAUAAGAGGAACUCAUGGAGCUUUUUCAGCCAUGUCCGAAGAAGAACGCCAUAGACAGCAACUCCAAUCCAUCAGCGCUUCGCUGGCAUCGCUGACGAGGGAGACUGGACCAAAGGUGGUGAAAGGGGACCCGGCGAGGACGGCAGAAAGCCCGAGGGUGACGCAUGUUGGGCACCACUCUUAUGCUCCCUCCUUCGGCAUAAGUGACAGCGCGCUCAAGUUCACACACGUCCUCUACAACCUCUCACCCGCUGAACUGUACGAGCAAGCUAUCAAGUACGAGAAAGGAUCAUUUAUAACAUCAACUGGUGCGUUGGCAACUCUGUCCGGAGCAAAGACAGGUCGGGCGCCGAGAGACAAACGUGUAGUCAGGGAUGAAACCACUGAAGAUGAGCUUUGGUGGGGAAAGGGCUCACCCAACAUCGAGAUGGACGAGCAUACUUUCCUUGUUAACAGAGAGAGAGCUGUCGAUUACUUGAACUCGUUGGAUAAGGUAUACGUGAAUGAUCAGUUUUUGAACUGGGAUCCAGAACACCGUAUCAAAGUCCGAAUUGUAUCUGCCAGAGCUUACCAUUCCUUGUUCAUGCACAACAUGUGUAUAAGGCCAACUCCUGAAGAGCUGGAGGAUUUCGGUACUCCGGACUUCACGAUAUACAACGCAGGGCAGUUCCCAUGCAAUCGUUACACUCACCACAUGACUUCUUCCACCAGCAUAGACCUCAAUCUUGCUAGGAGGGAAAUGGUCAUCCUUGGCACUCAGUAUGCUGGGGAAAUGAAGAAGGGUCUAUUCAGUGUAACGCACUAUCUCAUGCCUAGGCGUCAGAUCCUCUCCCUUCACUCUGGUUGUAAUGUGGGCAAAGAUGGUGAUGUUGCCCUUUUCUUUGGAUUAUCAGGUACUGGGAAGACAACUCUAUCCACGGAUCAUAACAGGUUUUUAAUCGGAGAUGAUGAGCACUGCUGGAGUGACAAUGGUGUGUCAAACAUUGAAGGUGGUUGCUACGCAAAGUGCAUUGAUUUGUCGAGGGAAAAGGAGCCUGAUAUUUGGAAUGCUAUCAAGUUUGGGACCGUGGUGGAGAAUGUCGUGUUCGAUGAGCAUACUCGGGAAGUGGACUACUCAGACAAGUCUGUUACAGAGAACACUCGGGCAGCAUAUCCAAUAGAAUACAUCCCCAAUGCUAAAUUACCGUGUGUUGGACCCCAUCCAAAGAAUGUCAUCCUUCUAGCCUGUGAUGCCUUUGGUGUGCUCCCACCUGUGAGCAAGCUGAGCUUGGCUCAGACCAUGUACCAUUUUAUUAGCGGCUACACUGCUCUGGUGGCUGGGACAGAGGAUGGUAUCAAGGAGCCACAGGCUACAUUCUCAGCCUGCUUUGGUGCAGCAUUUAUAAUGCUGCAUCCCACAAAGUACGCAGCAAUGCUGGCUGAAAAGAUGCAAAAGCAUGGGGCUACAGGAUGGCUAGUUAACACAGGCUGGUCAGGUGGGAGCUAUGGAUCGGGUAACCGAAUGAAGUUAGCUUAUACCAGGAAGAUCAUUGAUGCCAUUCACUCAGGGACCCUUUUGACAACAAGUUACACCAAGACUGAAGUAUUUGGACUCGAUAUCCCCACUGAAAUUGAGGGCGUGCCUUCAGAAAUCCUAAAUCCAAUAAACACAGUUAGUUCUCUUAAAUUUCCUUUAAUUAUGAUGCUGCUGAUAUUUCUGGGCAUGCACUUGAUUUGUUUUAAUGGGGCACAUGAUUCUCUUGAAUUGCAGUGGCAAGAUAAGAAGGCCUACAAAGACACAUUAUUAAAGCUAGGAGGUCUGUUCAAGAAGAAUUUUGAGGGAUUUUUGCACUACAAGAUUGGAAAGGACAACAAUCUGACUGAGGAGAUCCUUGCAGCUGGUCCUAUAUUCUGAAUGGAAAUCUGUGACUGAUGGAGCAAAGGUGAAGUUGAGGGCAACAAGAGAAUGCAUAUUCCACUGUUACUGUGCAGAGUUUUAUGUAAUCUUUUGUCCUGAUAUACUUUCAUAUAAUCUUAUCUUUCUUUAUUCUCUUUAGCAAAAACAAAAGGAAGAGGUGCUUUAUUGUGUGAAAUUUAUCCAUAUCAAUGUAAUGUGAGUCGAUAUAAAAAAAAAAUGUAAUGCAAGUCGAGUGGGAAAAGGGGUCAUGUAUAUGAAAUUGAAGCUCGAUUCAAAAUAUGUUUAUUUGCCAAAAUAAUUUGGAAUAAUUACGCAGGCAGUCAGCGCUCUUGGAAACUUA